AUCCUAACACUAUCCCAUGUUGAGAUUAAAAACACCACUUUAUUCGGAUUGCGCCGUCUUAAAGCGUUACAGAGAAUGCGACCGAAGCAACGGGACUAAUCUUACGCCAGAGGCUGUGAAUUAUGGCUGGCAGCACUGUCCUGUCCAAUCCAAUCCAUGGCAAAAGCUAGUUCCUGAGAUUCAGCGAUUUCUCUAUGUGAAACCCUAACUAACGACCACGAUUUUCGCAUUUUGCGUUAACACAUGGCCGAGGAGAUCAAUGGCGGAACGUCGAUGGACUCCACCGAAUCGCGGUGGGUUAUACAGGACGACGACGAGGACGCGUCGGAUUUAGAGAACUUCGAUGCGGAUUUGAGAUUGGGGCGGCACGGUGGCGUGGUGGAUUCGGAGGAGGAAGAGGAUAACGCGGAACAGAGACUGAUUCGCACUGGUCCUCGCAUCGAUUCCUUCGACGUCGAGGCCCUUGAAGUUCCCGGUGCUCAUAGAAGUGACUAUGAGGACAUCAGUGUGGGUAAGAAAAUUGUAUUGGCUUUUCAGACACUUGGUGUUGUCUUUGGUGAUGUUGGAACAAGUCCAUUAUAUACCUUCAGUGUUAUGUUUAGAAAGGCCCCUAUUAAUGGAAAUGAAGACAUUCUUGGAGCUUUAUCACUUGUCUUGUACACUUUAAUCUUGUUUCCUUUAUUGAAGUAUGUCCUGGUGGUUCUGUGGGCCAAUGAUGACGGUGAAGGUGGUACUUUUGCCUUGUACUCCUUGAUCUGUCGUCAUGCUAAGGUGAGUCUUCUCCCCAAUCAGUUACCAUCCGAUGCCCGUAUAUCAAGCUUUAGGCUGAAGGUGCCAUCCCCUGAGCUUGAAAGGUCAUUAAAAAUCAAGGAAAGACUUGAGAAUUCUCUGGCUCUGAAGAAGACUCUACUAAUAUUAGUUCUUGCUGGUACUUCAAUGGUGAUUGCUAACGGUGUUGUUACGCCAGCAAUGUCAGUUAUGUCAUCUGUUGGUGGUUUAAAAGUUGGGGUAGAUGCAAUCAAGAAAGAUGAAGUGGUGAUGAUUUCGGUUGCCUGUCUUAUCAUUUUGUUCAGUGUACAAAAGUAUGGAACUAGUAAAAUGGGACUUGCUGUAGGACCUGCUUUGUUCUUAUGGUUUUGUUCUCUUGCGGGCAUCGGGAUAUAUAAUCUUGUCAAAUAUGACAAUAGUGUCUUGAGGGCAUUUAAUCCGAUUCACAUCUACUAUUUCUUCAAGAGGAACUCAACUAAUGCAUGGUAUUCUCUAGGGGGUUGCCUUCUGAGUGCAACUGGUUCUGAAGCCAUGUUUGCAGAUCUUUGCUACUUUUCUGUACGCUCAGUUCAGCUUUCAUUUGUCUUUCUUGUUUUGCCGUGCCUACUAUUGGGUUAUUUGGGUCAAGCUGCAUACCUUAUGGAAAACCAUGCUGAUGCUGGUCAAGCCUUUUUUUCUUCUGUUCCAAGUGGUGCAUUCUGGCCAACUUUCCUUAUUGCUAACAUUGCUGCACUUAUUGCGAGUCGGGCUAUGACAACAGCAACAUUUUCAUGUAUAAAGCAAUCAACUGCACUCGGUUGUUUCCCUCGUCUUAAAAUCAUUCAUACUUCUCGGAAAUUUAUGGGCCAGAUCUAUAUCCCUGUGAUAAACUGGUUCCUCUUGGCUCUUUCUCUGGUGCUUGUCUGCACUAUAUCUAGCAUUGACGAGAUUGGAAAUGCCUAUGGCAUUGCUGAGCUCGGGGUGAUGAUGAUGACCACUAUUUUAGUAACCCUUGUUAUGAUUCUUAUAUGGCAGAUACACAUCAUCAUAGUGCUGAGUUUCGUGGUACUCUUCUUGGGAUUGGAAUUAACUUUUUUUUCGUCUGUCCUGUGGAGUGUGACAGAUGGAAGUUGGAUUAUACUGGUCUUUGCCAUAAUAAUGUUUCUAAUAAUGUACGUAUGGAAUUAUGGAAGCAAUCUCAAGUAUGAAACUGAAGUCAAGCAAAAGCUGUCAACGGAUUUGAUGCGAGAAUUAGGUUGUAAUCUUGGGACAAUACGAGCUCCUGGGAUUGGUUUGCUUUAUAAUGAGUUGGUAAAAGGAAUACCGGCAAUUUUUGGUCAUUUUCUGACCACACUUCCUGCAAUACACUCCAUGAUUAUAUUUGUGAGUAUCAAGUAUGUUCCAGUUCCUAUGGUGCUGCAAAGUGAAAGGUUUCUUUUUCGGCGAGUCUGCCCCAAAAGCUACCAUAUAUUUCGUUGUAUCGCCAGGUAUGGUUACAAAGAUGUUCGGAAAGAAAAUCAUCAGACUUUUGAGCAGCUGCUGAUUGAGAGUCUAGAGAAAUUUAUACGUCGUGAGGCUCAGGAGAGGUCACUGGAGAGUGAUGGGGAUGAUGAUACUGAUUCAGAGGAUGAGUACCCUAAUUCUAGGGUUCUCAUAGCUCCCAAUGGGAGCGUUUACUCACUUGGUGUUCCUCUUCUUGCUGAUUUUAAGGGUACAAGCAACCCCAUUUUAGAAGCAAGCACAUCAGACGUGAUAAGCCCGGUAUCCACUGAUCCCCUGGUGUUUGAUGCUGAGCAGAGCCUUGAGAGUGAGUUAUAUUUUAUUCACAAGGCUAAAGAAUCUGGUGUUGUGUAUCUUCUGGGUCAUGGGGAUAUAAGAGCAAGGAAGGACUCGUGGUUUAUCAAGAAGUUAGUUAUAAACUAUUUUUAUGCCUUUUUGAGAAAGAACUGCAGAAGGGGGAUCACAACUUUAAGUGUACCACACUCACAUCUGAUGCAAGUUAGCAUGACAUACAUGGUCUGAAAAUCAAUUUUGCAGCCCAAAUAAAACAAAUGGCAAUUAUCUUGAAAGCUACAGUUUGAUAGCAGUGGAAAGGUCUUAUUUUGGAUUGCUCAAAUGUUCGAUCCUUUCUAGCCAUGUGGAUCUCCAAAUUGUUUAUUGUCCUUCCAGCGUGACAAUCCGGAAGUUGUCCUGAUGUUUGUUGGGGUUGUGGAUUCGCCAUCUGCAUAUAUGGGAUCGGAAAAGGCAGAUAACAAAGAGAAAAUGUUAAAAAUUAAACAUCCCUAUGCAUACAGUACACAUUUGUGAAUGUGUCAAAUUCAACUUAAACGACAGAACCAUGGACAUCGAGUAUCGUACAGUGGUAUGUCAUUGCCCUUAGUUUUCUUAUUCUAUCGCCUUAAUUUGUUGUCUACCUUCCCAACUCUGACUAGAUAUUUUCUUGAUUGAAACACAAAUGAGAUCAUGUCUAUUUUUUUAUUUGAAAAUUUUCAUAAUGUAUAUUUCCCUUUUUGGUCUUUAAUAUACUAAAUUCACGAGUUGGAAUAAAAACACUAAGUGGUCGGCCUGAAGCCUUCACUGAUUCGUGAA